CGAGGCACAGGCCGCGCUCGUUCAGCCAAUUAAAAAACAGUUUGUUUUCAACGCCACAACGGCCGGGUUUUAAAAACAAGUGACAGUUGACCUGCUUAACUUUACAUUGGUUUUAAAAUUCGAACUUGAUAUUGUGUUUGUAUACCAAGGACGGACUGCAACUGUGUAGUGUGUAGUAUGAUUUCGCAAUUAAAAUAAUACAAAAUGGAGGACGUAUAUACAAUUAAAGUGAGAACUAAGCCCGAUACGAGGAAUUUAUAUCCUUCUGAACGGAGAUAUUCGGCGUCUACAGUAUCAGGGCUAGCUUGGGUGCAUUUAGCUUUAGCUGCAACAUCCUUCCUUCUAGCAUGUUUAGCUUUAGUCAAUCCACACUCUGGAAUAAAGAGAAUGACUUUAAAUGAUACGGAAGAGCGAACUGUAAACAAAAGUGAGCUGAUAUUUAAUUUAACAGAAUCUGUUGAAACGAAUGAUUUUGAAAACAUAACCAACGAAGCGCCUUAUGAUACACAUGAAAGCAGCUACAUUUUAGUGUUAGCACCAUCUUUAAUAACAGUUUUCGCAACGGCGGCCGGCAUUGCCUCCAUCAUGGCUUCAGUCAGAUGGUACAUAGACCAUAAUAUAACCUGGUUGUUUAUAAUGUCAGUAUUAUCGACGGUUUUCGCAUUUGUAUCGUUCACAAUGAUCAUUGUCUGGUUUGUGACAACAUCGAAUACGGAUUUUUCGGAAUUUUAUAAAGAUAAAAUUCCAUUUAAAGAGUUGGUUGUAAGACACAGUGAUGUCGUGAUUAAGAAUGAAACGCAUUUGGUUAUAGCUCUAAACCCGCCAAAAGACGACGACGAAGAAGCAUAUGUAUUUACAAAACGAGUUUUAUCAAUAAAUAUCAUGAUAGCUGCUUUCUUAGAGCUUCUCUGGUCGAUUUUAAGCAUGAAAAUAUCCUUUAAAGGCAUGAGAACCAAUUAUAAAGAUGACACAGAACCGAGGAGCAACUGUAUUUCAGUAGUGACUACAAUAAAAGGAAACAACACAAAGAAACUACCAAGAAAUGCUAAGCUACUCCCUCCAAAGCCAGAUUUGAUUGAGCACUAUCCAAGCAGAAAGAUAAAGAAGAUAUUCCUAGCGCAAAGCGAUAACGGUUUUUAUUUAAAAGAUCAGAAUACAAAAAAACAAGACGAUACAAGUUCCGAAUUGUAUAAGGAGAGAAUGAUGAACUUUUUGAAUCGCUGCGCUCCCUCGGAAGUGUCCAAUCCGGAACAGACCCCCAGUGUCCAAUCGGAAGCUCUAAAUACAAUACAGGAAGUUACUAAUGUACAAAUAAAUGAACGGGCUACGCCGGUAAGCUGGGGCGACACGCCUGACCACACGGUUUAUAACCAAAACAAUAUUAACUUUGAAAAGAUUUUUAACUUUGUGAAAGAGAAAGAUACAGAAGAAACAAAUGAAAAUAUGGAAUAAAACAGUGAAUUUCACUGUCUUCGAAUUAAGAAUAAUGAAAGUUCAAUGUUGAAAAUAAGACUAAAACAACAACGAUUCUGAGCUUUACGACUUCAGAAAAGAUGUAGAAAAUAAUUGAAGUGAAAAUGUACAUUAAAAGGUUACAAAAUGUGAAAAGUACUGUUGGGAAUACAACCAAAACAAAUUUGAGAAGAUUUUCUAAGAGGAAAGCGAAGAAACAAGUGAAAAUGUGCAUAAAUAAGACGGUAAAAAACGUAGAAAGUGUUGUGUCGUGGAGCGUUGGACGAUAAUUACCUAAGUACUGCAGUCUGAUUACUCAUUAUGGCUUUUGAAAGUCUACAAUUUGCUUGCACUUUGCGGUGGUAAAAUAUUGUAAGACUAUUUGUUUAAUUAUUUGGGUCUGUUGUUUUAAGUGCUCAGAAGUGGGAUGUACCUAUAUGCAUAUUAUGUCAUGUUUUUAAUGAAAAGGUAACAUAUUAUGUCAAUAAUAUUGACAACCGGCAAUAACAACCUUUAGGCCUAGCAACCUAUGUUAUGAUGUGCGUAUGUAUGUAGGCAUUACAAUUAUGUUUCUAUUGACGAAGAAUGAAUAAAUAACUGAGAUCAU